CUCUUGUCAAAUUGUGGGUAAACAUCAGAGUGUACUUUUAAGUUUCAAAGUUCAACAAGGCACACCCAUAAAAUAACGAUGUGUCAUCGUGAUCCGAUAAACCGCGUUGUUCAUUACAAAGUACAAAUUGGCCGUCUGCAGUCUACUUUCUCGCGCAAGAUGGGCACUGCUGUGCAUAUGGUCCUUGUGGUCUGUUUCAUGCUAUUCGGGCAGACUUUAACCAUUUCUGACCCGGAUCUACAGCAGAGGCUCCGGGAUCUGGACACUUUCAUCCAGACCCUGAUGACAUGUGAGUCCAGGCCUGUAGUCGGUCUGACCGUGUCCGUGGUCAAGGGUGAGACCGUUUUCGCCAAGGGGUACGGCCAGAGGGACCUGCAGACGGGACAAGCUGUGGACAACACGACUCUGUUCGGAGUCGGCUCCAUCUCCAAGUCCUUCACCACAGCCCUGUUAGCGGCCAUUCUCGGGGAGAGGGAAGACGUGAGCUGGGACACUGUCCUGACGGACAUCCUGGGGCCGGACUUCAGGUUCAGGGACGAGUUCCGCACCAAAGAGACGACCCUACGAGAUAUCCUGGCGCACAAAACCGGUCUAGAAAACAUUCUAGAAAAUCCUGCUUUUACAGUGGGACAGGAUUACGACAGAUCGGAACUGGCAAGACGAAUGCGGUACCUCAGACAGAUCUACCCAUUCCGUACCGUCUGGCAUUAUAACAACGAUUUGUACACCCUGGCUGGGCACGUAGCGGAGAAGCUAACAGGGAAGUCCUGGGAGGCCCUCUUGCGGGAACGAGUAUUAGGACCACUGGGCAUGAACGACACAGUGUACUUGGAAGACGUCCUCGAUGACGAAAGUUUCUCCAAUUUAGCCCAGACGUACCUGACCUAUAACAGAACAGGUCAAUCUGUGGCGUACAGUCGUGAGGAGUUCAGGCCUAUCACGUUGCAUAAUCCUGCAGGAGGUGUGGUGUAAGCCUUGGACAUGGCCCGGUACAUGAACUUCCAGCUGAGAUAG